AUGAAGAAUGGGAAAGUACUCACAAUCAGACCGUCCAUGUUCUUCUCACCCCAAAACCAUACGACGCUUGUCCCACCAAAUCCAGUUUUCCCGCUAAGCUAUGUCGCUUCCCCAAUUGCCACCACUCUAGCCUCUUCUCUACAGCACUACAUCAAUUCAGAAAACCCUUCCCAUGGCCAAAAGAUUCAUACCCAUAUUCUCAAAACUGGAUUCAGACCUAAUAUCAAUGUUUCCAUUAAACUGCUUAUAUUGCACCUGAAAUGCGGUUCAAUGAAAUAUGCGCGCCAAGUGUUUGAUGAAUCGCCUGCACAAACUCUGUCUGCUUAUAAUUAUUUGAUUGGUGGAUACCUCAAACGCGGGAAAGUUGAAGAAUCGCUUAACUUGGUUCGUAGACUUGUUUUAUCUGGUGAAAAGCCUGAUGGGUAUACGUUUUCUAUGGUCUUGAAAGCCUCUACUUGUGCUGGCAAUGCAGCAUUUCCAUGGAGUUUAGGAGUGGUGCAUGCCCAGAUAAUAAAAUCAGAUGUUGAGCCUGAUGAUGUUCUUUAUACUGUGCUUGUUGACUCUUACAUUAAGAAUGGGAAGGUCGGCUAUGCGAGGACUGUGUAUGAUACGAUGUUGGAAAAGAAUGUUGUAUGUUCAACAUCGAUGAUUUCCGGGUAUAUGAAUCAAGGCUCUGUGGAAGAUGCUGAAGAUAUAUUCAGGAGAACGGUUGAAAAAGAUGUUGUGGUAUUUAACGCAAUGAUUGAAGGUUACAGCAAAUCAACUGAAUAUGCUUGGAGAUCACUUGAAGUUUACGUUGACAUGCAACGGUUGAAUUUCCGACCUAAUAUCUCCACGUUUGCUAGUGUUAUUGGAGCUUGCUCGGUGUUGGCAGCAUUUGAAGUUGGCCAGCAAGUCCAAAGUCAACUUAUGAAGACCGAAUUAUUUUGGGAUAUAAAGAUGGGAAGUGCUCUUAUAGACAUGUAUUCAAAAUGUGGAAGAAUUGAGGAUGCACGGAGAAUUUUUGACCACAUGCCUCAAAAAAAUGUAUUUUCGUGGACUUCAAUGAUCGAUGGCUAUGGGAAGAAUGGAUUUCCUGAUGAAGCACUUGAGCUCUUUAGUAUAAUGCAAAGAGAACACCAAAUUGAACCCAAUUUUGUCACAUUCCUCAGUGCUCUAUCAGCUUGUGGACAUGCUGGUCUGGUUGACAAAGGCCAUGAGAUAUUUGAAAGCAUGAAUAGGGACUACUCACUAAAACCAAGAAUGGAGCAUUAUGCUUGCAUGGUUGAUCUCUUGGGGCGCGCAGGAAGUUUGCAUCAAGCAUGGGAGCUGGCAAUGGGGAUGCCUGAGAAGCCCAACUCCGAUGUUUGGGCUGCUCUUCUUAGUUCAAGUACUCUACAUGGUGACGUUGAGAUGGCAAGUAUAGCUGCCAAAGAACUUUUUAAGUUGAAUCCGGAUGGUCGGCCAGGUGCAUAUGUUGCAUUCUCUAAUACUUUGGCAGCCGCUGGGAAAUGGGACAAUGUAAGUGAGCUCAGAGAGAAAAUGAAGGUAAGAGGAAUAUCUAAAGACAUCGCCUGCAGUUGGGUUGGUACUGACAGUGGUUGA